GAUGAAAGUGAAAGAAGAAAGACAAGAUCUAAAUGAGGAGGAGGAGAAAUAUCAGUGUCAGAAAGAUCCUGAUGUCACUGGAGAAAAAUCAGUGAGUUGCAGCAUUCAAAUAACAGAAGUCAAAAGGCCUUUCAGCUGCUCUCAGUGUGGAAACGCAUUCAAACAGAAAGGAAGCCUUAAGAAACACAUGAAAAUUCAUAGUGGGGAAAAGCCUUUCAGCUGUUUUCAGUGCGGAAACACUUUCACAUGUAACGAAAACCUUAAGAAUCACAUGCUAAUUCAUGCUGGAAUAAAGCCUUUUACCUGCUCUCAGUGUGGAAAGAGUUUCACACAGAGAAGGCAACUCAAGGAUCAUCUGCUAGCUCACACUUCAGAAAAGCCUUUCAGCUGCUCUCAGUGUGGAAACACUUUCACGCGUAAAACAACCCUUAAGAAGCACAUGUUAAUUCAUGCUGGGAUAAAGCCUUUCAGCUGCUCUCAGUGUGGAAAGAGUUUUACACAGAAAGGACACCUUAUGGAUCAUUUGGUAACUCACACUUCAGAAAAGCCUUUCAUCUGCUCUCAGUGUGGAAAGUCUUUCACACGUAAAGGAUACCUUAAGACUCACAUGUUAGGUCAUGCUGGAAUAAAGCCUUUUUCCUGCUCUCAGUGUGGAAAGAGUUUCAUAUGUAAAGGAAUUCUGAAGAAGCACAUGUUAAUUCAUGCUGGGAAAAGGCCUUUCAGCUGCUCUCACUAUGGAUAAAUACUGAAAAAAAAAAUGCAUGCAAAUUAAAAGCCUUGCGUCUGUCCUGUUUGUGGAAGAAGAUUUCUAAGGGUUGUCUUUUUUUAAAAGCGUGAAAAACUUGUGUGCUGUGUAGGGAUGGAAAGGGUUAGUUCACCCAAAAAUGAAAAUUAGUCCAUAAAUUACUCA